AUGACCAAUCAAUCUCUUUUGACAAACCAACAAUCAUGGUAUUGUGCAGCACCAUGUAGGGGACCAUCACAAUCUUUCACUCCAAAAGCUAGAUUGGGGGAAAAUGAUACAGAAUCAUUAUACAUAUUAAAACAAGAAUUAGAAAUAAAAGAUCAACAGCUGAAAUUUGCUAGUGAUUUACUGACCAAACAAGGGGGAAAGUUGAAACGCAUGGAAUCUAAUAUGAAUAGACAGAUACAUGGAGGAAUGAUACCACACCACUCACCACCUUUACCUCUUAUGGUAAACAAUCUCCAUUGUAAAUCUGGUUUGGGUACUUAA